CGCAAAUCCCCACUUUAUCCCCGAAUAGCUCAAACGGUUCGCUCCGUCUCUUCCUAUAAGUACCCCCGUUUGUUACCCCAUUUCGUCGUGCCUUUAUCCCUUUCUCAAGCCAUUUUCUGCCAUUUCCAAACUUUCUUCUCCGUUUCCUUUCUCUGUUUUCGUUUUUUCGGCAGCUUGUGAGAGAGAAAUGGCGAACGAAGCUCAGAACGGCGGUGCUGAGAACGGAGCUGCGAAGGCUGUGACGUUCUCCGCUCUCAAACCACAGCUCUUUGUGGAAGGUGCCAAGGCAAACGACGCCGUUCAGUUCUACAAGGCCGCGUUUGGUGCCGAGGAGGUCAGCCGUGUCAUGAACACGAAGAGGAAGGCUGAUCAGGAAGCUCCUCUCGUUCUCUUUGCCGAGCUUAAGCUCGGUUCCUCUGUGUUCCUUGUGUCUGACCUUACUGAGGACUCUUCUGCUCCUGAAAAGGCCGUCGGAGUUUUCUCCCUGGAGACUGAGGACGUUGAUAAAGCUAUUGCCAAUGCUGUUGCUGCCGGCGCGGUUGCUGAAGGUGAAAUCUCUGAGGGUGAAGCCGCUUGCUGUGGUGGUCGCGUUGGCAAGGUGAAGGAUCCAUAUGGGAACUUCUGGUUCAUCUGCUCGCCGGCGAAGAAGACUGAGCAGGCGGUGGAGGCUUGAAAGGUCUCGGAACUGAACUGUCUCGUUUCUCUGCUUUUUUUUUAAUGAAUUUCCUAUCCGGCCCAUGGUAGUAGUGUGUACUUCGGCACACCGUAUAACCCAAUAGUGGUUAGUUCUUAUUACGGAGGAGUAGUUGUCUCUGUUAUCAGACUUGAAUAUGAAUCUGUCAGUACUGUUUGCUUUUGGUAAUUUUGACUAGUAACAUUUGAGUCCUCGGUGAUUCAUCGCUCAUAAUCGCAAUUCUAGCUUUUGAAUUUGU